CCGCCGCAGCCCGCGCAGCCGUCGCAGCCGCAGCUCGCGGGCCUCGGGGGAGGCAGCAGCCGGCACGAGAAGAGCUUGGGGCUGCUCACCACCAAGUUCGUGUCGCUGCUGCAGGAGGCCAAGGACGGCGUGCUGGAUCUCAAAGCGGCUGCAGAUACUUUGGCUGUUAGGCAAAAGAGAAGAAUUUAUGAUAUCACCAAUGUCUUAGAAGGAAUUGAUCUGAUUGAAAAGAAAUCAAAAAAUAGUAUCCAAUGGAAAGGUGUAGGUGCUGGCUGUAACACAAAAGAAGUUAUAGAUAGAUUAAAAUUUCUUAAAGCUGAAAUUGAAGAUCUAGAACUGAAGGAAAGAGAACUUGACCAGCAGAAGUUGUGGCUACAGCAAAGCAUCAAAAAUGUGAUGGAUGAUUCCAUUAAUAACAGAUUUUCCUAUGUGACUCAUGAAGACAUCUGUAAUUGCUUUAAUGGUGACACACUUUUGGCCAUUCAGGCCCCUUCUGGUACGCAGCUGGAGGUUCCUAUUCCAGAAAUGGGCCAGAAUGGACAAAAGAAGUAUCAGAUAAAUUUAAAGAGUCACUCAGGACCUAUCCAUGUACUCCUUAUAAAUAAAGAGUCUAGCUCGUCCAAGCCUGUGGUCUUUCCUGUCCCUCCACCUGAUGACCUCACGCAGCCUUCCUCACAGUCCUCCCCUCCAGCGAUGCCACAGAAACCCAACAUGGCAGCACAGGACCUGCCUGAGCAGCCUGUCUCUGAAAGAAGCCAGAACCUCCAGCAGACUCCCACUACAGAAAUAGCCUCAGGGUCUAUUAGUGGAGAUAUCAUUGAUGAGUUAAUGUCUUCUGAUGUGUUUCCUCUCCUACGGCUUUCUCCUACUCCGGCUGAUGACUACAACUUUAAUUUAGAUGAUAAUGAAGGUGUAUGUGAUCUCUUUGAUGUCCAGAUACUAAAUUAUUAGAUUCCCUGGCCACUUGGGACUGUUAUCUACCUCUAACUGUAACAUUUUAGACUUCUUAAUAACCUAAGUAUUUAAAAUAAUGAAUGUAACACCUUGUAGUUCACUGAUUCUCAAGUGUUCUUCUUUUUAAUGCUUCCUUUUUUUUUUUAACUUCACAAAACUUCAUAAAAACGAAGGGCUCUACUGCUUCAGGGGAAAAUAAACUUUGUAUUCACCUUCCCUGUGUAAUUUAGAUUCCAGCUUUUCCAGUUCUGAAUCCUUGUGUGGAUUCUUCAUAGAGGAAAGUUAAAGUGGACUUUAGGUCAUCAAAAGCAAAAAUGUUGGCCAAGGGCUAAUCAACUUGUUUUGUAUUUUUACUGCCACAAAGCUAUAUUUUGAUAUGUCCUUCAGUCCAGAUGCUCACUGCCAUUUAUAAGGUGAAGGAUGUAACUGUUUCAGUGAACAGAUUUUGUGAAGUGCCUUCUGUUUUAGCACUUUAAGUUGAUCACAUUUUGUUGACUUCUGACAUUCCACUUUCCUAGAGCCUAGGAAAGAGCUGUUUAUGUAGUUUGUUUUAAAAAAUGUGCCAAUGCCUGUACAUUAACAAGAUGUUUUAAAAAUAAAGUUGUAUAAAACAUU